GAUUAGUCAGUCAGCUGUCAUCGUUUGUCCCGUUCAAAGUUCAGUCUGUCGUCACAAGUUGAAUGGAACAAAAAGAAAAGUGUGAAAUUUAAGAAUUUUAUACUUUUUGCGUACAAAAACCAUUGAAACACUUUUAUUUGAACCUAGUAGUUGAAAACAACAGCGCGCAACAUAUUCAUAACGUCAUAGGCUCACAGUGCACUAAACACCUCAAUUGAACUCGUUUAAGUGACAUUGAUCAACGUAGUUAUUCAGAAUAAAGACCCGUGUGAUAUAGUCUACAAGACAUUAAAUCCAACAUGAAUAGCAUUGUGCGAGUGUUUAGCAAUUUCCGUGAAUUUUAUAGUGAAAUCAAUGGUGCUACGCUGACAGGGGCUAUAGAUGUAAUUAUAGUAGAGCAGCCAGAUGGAUCGUUUAUGUGUUCACCGUUUCACGUGCGCUUCGGUAAGCUUGGAGUGCUACGAAGUCGCGAGAAGAUUGUCGACAUUGAAAUCAACGGGGAACCAGUUGACAUCCAUAUGAAACUUGGUGAAUCGGGUGAAGCAUUUUUCGUCGAAGGAUGUCUCGAAGAUGAUGGCGAAGUUCCAGCUCAUAUGGCCACGUCACCAAUUCCCACUAGUUCGUUUAACGCUAAUUAUGAAAAUUCUAUUAUGACCGUUGGCAAACCAUUAGACGACGAAAAUAUUCCAAGGCCCAGGCGUAAUUCGAUCGAUUUAUCAAAGGAAAAUACAGAGUCAGAAAUGUCCAAAUUUGAAAACCAAAAAUCGGAUUUCAGUCAUCGCAGGCACACAGAUAAUACUACAGGUAGGCCAAAUUUGAGCCUAACAAAGAAAGAAUAUACUACGCAAAAGAUUCGUCAAGAGUGGGCAGAAGCAGAACAGGAACAAAUCUUCCAAAUGGAAGGCAUAGACAGCCCAGGUUCCAAUUGGCAAAACAGCACACUACUUCCAAUAAACAAUGAUCAGGAAACACAUUUCAAACCCAUCGAAGCUGCCCCUACCUCUACGGAAUCGAAACCAACUUUUUCGGAGCCAAUUGCGCAAGAAGACCAACAAGCCCCGUCAUUGGAAGACAAGGCCAAUGUAGAUUCUAAAUCGAAAAAGAAGCGCAGGAAGAAGUCUAUAAUGAAGAAGAAGAACUCGCAACGGAAGAAUUCGUCCAGCAGUUCUGCUGGGUCGAAUCAUUCGGAUCAAAACGAUGGAGUUGAAACGGAUAGUAUUACAGCUUCUCAGCUUACUGCAUCGUCAGCGAGUGGAUCUCCUAAGGACAGUGUGCCCGAAACCCAAACAGCAGUGGAAAAUAUUCCAAAGGGGAUCUCAGAACCAUCAGCUCGCAGUCAUGAGCUGGAUAUUCAUUUCUUCAGCGACACAGAAAUCACCACAGGAACUAGUCCACGCCAGUCUCGGCCAUCAACUCCGGUUCAAAGUGACACUGAGUUUGAGUUUUCCCAACGUGAGAAUAUUGAAGCCGAUAACAUGUCCGCUUCAUGGAAAUGGGGAGAACUUCCAACCAAACCGGAAGAAAAUGAAGAUCUGAGUACUUCUCAGGGUAAACAGGCUCAGCGUAACUCGAUGCUCAGUGGUUUGAUGAGUUUUAUGAAAUAUAAUAAUAAGAAACUACGGAAAAAUGUUCCUGAUGGUUUGUACCUUUCGGAUUUGGAUGAAUCCCUUGAUCCAGAGGUUGCUGCCCUCUAUUUUCCACCUGUUUCUUCGAAAGCACAGCAAGCACAAACUGAAGAGGACAGAGAAAGCGGCAAUGGAACAUCUCUACCACAUAGUCCAACAUCGUUGGAGGGUAUCAAAAGCCUCGAUUCUGACUUUGACGACAACAAGGACAAACUUUCGUUGGAUUUAAUCGGCCUUUCACUAUGUGGUGGUUUUUCCAAUAAUGGAACACCUUCCUACGAAGAUUUUGAAAAACAUCGCCUCAACUAUUCAGAUGUGUGUAACAAUCCGGCCAUAUUCGCUUCGCCGGAUUUGGUAGUACGCAUCAAUGAUAAAUAUUGUUCAUGGCAAGUUGCUUGCCCUCAAGUCAUGACCAUGUUAGCAUUCCAAAAAACUCUACCCAGUGAACAGGUCGAAGCUCCAAAGGCUAAAUUAAUGGACAUGGCUACGGAAGGUUCCGUCGAAAUAGACACACAAUCCAACAAGCAACAGGUUCAGCAAACAUCUGAGGUCAAUCGCGGAGGCCGCUGGUGGUAUUGGCGCAGGUCAAAUGACAAAUCAACUAUGAAAACUGACAACGAACCUGAACAGCAAUCGAAAACCUCCGUAAUAGCAACUCAGACUUCUCGUUCCAAUACACCGGAUGAUGUGGGCACAAUGACGGAAAGCCUCAGUAAAACCAAAGAAGACGGUUAUAAUGGUUCCCAGAGUUCAGAAGACUCUGAACUUCCAACAGAUCAGUCCAUUCGCCAUGAGCUCGUACUAAACAAAUCAGACAGCUUUGUGGAAAAAUAUCGAAAAACGUUACGUCUGUCGUCCGAACAAAUCGAAAGUUUGAAUCUUAACAAUGGAAUGAAUGAAAUUGUAUUCAGCGUAACUACUGCAUAUCAAGGAACCACCCGUUGCAAGUGCUACUUGUUUAAGUGGAAAUACAGCGACAAAGUCGUAAUCUCCGAUAUCGAUGGAACCAUUACAAAGUCUGAUGUCCUUGGUCACAUUCUGCCCAUGGUUGGUAAAAAUUGGGAGCAGAUAGGCGUUGCCCAGUUGUUUUCGAAAAUUGAAGAAAAUGGUUACAAAAUGCUCUAUCUCUCUGCACGAGCCAUUGGUCAAGCAAAGACCACCAGAGAUUAUCUGCAAUCGAUUCGGCAGGGUGAUGUAAAAUUACCCGACGGUCCGCUACUGCUUAAUCCCACCUCGUUAAUGUCCGCCUUCCAUCGGGAGGUAAUCGAGAAGAAACCGGAACAGUUUAAAAUUGCUUGCCUAAGCGACAUACAGGCACUGUUCCCGGAUAAGAAUCCCUUCUACGCCGGGUACGGUAAUAGAAUAAACGAUGUCUGGGCAUAUCGUGCGGUUGGAAUACCCAUCUCUCGCAUUUUCACCAUCAACACAAAGGGCGAACUGAAGCAUGAAUUGACGCAAACAUUCCAAUCUACUUACGCAAAUAUGGCAUACAUAGUGGACCAACUAUUUCCGCCCAUCAAACACAUCGAAGAAGAAGAUAGCGAGUUCACCAGUUUCAACUACUGGCGGGAUCCAGUACCGGACAUUGACUUGAGCUUCGAUCUGUCUAGCAGCCCACAAAGCGGAAGCGGCAGUUCUACACCGGUUACGCUUUUAUCGGAAAAAGUGACUCCUACUAGCACAUUGGUACAGCAGGUCCUGCCAACUAUUCCGGAAAAUUAGAUCCUCUCUUAUUUUUCCCAAAGAGAAGAAUACUUUUAACCUCGUAUUGGUAUCUAUCAAAAAUCACGUGGGUAAGAAUAAAUGUUAUCAAAGAUAUACUUCUAGCUUUUCAUGCUGAUAUAUGCUAAAGCCCAUUAAUCAUUGAUUGGAAACAAAAUAACAAAUCAAAUUAAACAUUACAAACUACACAAACGCAACCGUAGAAUUUAGCUUGAAAUGGCAGGACUUGGUAUUAAUUUUAAGUUGUCAUGUCUCUCUUUCCUUUUGUCUUUAAUAAUUAUUUGAAAGAAGUAUGUAUAUUUUGCAUUACAGAAACACGAUUUAGAACCCUUUCCUGAUAAGACGUUUUUCCAUGGAAAAAUAACGAUAGUGUAGGCAUUGCACAGCAGUUUGAAUUUAAAACAAAAAAGCUGCAGUGGUCGUAAUCAGAAAUGCUGCUGUUUCGGCAUGAGAGGGUCAACACCGCUAGUAAUGGUCGUAUUAAGAUGUAUUUGAUAGUUUAUCAUGCACUAGUGAAUGAUGAAUUAUUUAUUAGGUGAAAAAAAAACAGAACUGGGACAGCGAGUCUGGUCCGCAUUGAGCUAAUGACAUGUGAUAAUAAUUUCUAUUUAUGUUUUUCUUCAUAUACAUUAGUUAUUAUUUU